AUGCAGCAUCAGAAACUCUCAAAGAAGUCCGCCAAUACCUGCGCCGAAUGCCGGUCACGCAAAGUGAAAUGCGAUGGCCUGCGCGACGUGUGCAGUCCAUGUUCGCGACUGAACAUUAGCUGCUCUUUCCAGAGAGGUGACGGCGAUGCAGAAGCAGCUCCCGAGCGCCGUCGGGCUCGAUUGGCCUGCGAAGCUUGCCACUCGCUCAAGGCGCGCUGUACAGGCGAACUCCCCGAAUGCAAAAGAUGCCGUCUCAGAGGCGUCGACUGCAUCUAUCCAGCGUCGAAGCGAGCCUCAGCCCGGCCAGGCUCGCGAUCCAAGGGUCGGAUGUCCAUGCUAAGUCCUGACGAGUCCGCCGAGACUGAUAUGAGGAGCCGGUCGCAAAGCACCUACGCCGGAUCGACCCCAGCGGCACCCAGAGUGUACGAUGUUUCGGCGUCUUCGCUUGAUGACGGUCUGGUUAUGCGCAUGUUUGAAGCGUUCUUCCAGCACAUUCACCCCAUACCCUUGUACUCCUUCUUCCACAAGGCAUCCCUGAUACAAGCAUUCGAAGCAGACUUGCUACAGUCAGGUCUUGUCUUAUCCAUCAUUGGCAUGACGUGCCAGCUUCUUGACAUGGGUCCAGGCAUGAAAGACUAUGGAACUCAAUGUCUCCGUGAGGCCGAGAAGCUGGUCAUGGAAGAUAUUGGCAAACCAUCACUCGUUAAGAUCCAGGUCCUGAUCCUACUUGUCCGACAUCAUGCCCAGCAGCGCAGAUUCAGCAACGCCUUUGUACUUCUGGCGCUCGCAUCGCGAUUCGCAUACGCUCUCCGUCUGAACAGGGAGUCUCCAAAUCUCUGCUUCUUGGCACAAGAGUCACGCCGGAGAAUGAUGUGGUCUUUAUUCAUCAUCGACACCACCCUGGCAGGUGGCAUCCGAGAACUGGUAUUGUCACCAACUAGUUCUCUGCAUAUACAACUUCCCUGCCAGGAGCGUAAUUUCGAGUUCGAUCUCGCCCAAGAAACCGAGCCACUGCAGCCGAAGCCACAGGCACCUUUGUCCGACAGCGUUGGCUCUCUUGGCAUGUACGUGAGAGUCUUGUGGCUCCGGCAUCGAAUCUUGGAGACAACCAAAGAAGCAGCAAUGUAUGGUACGGAGCUCGAUCAACUGCAGACCAGGAUGGCAAGCUUGGCUGCAGAACUUGAUGCGUUUGAGGCAUCGCUGCCUCUAUCCUUCCGGCUCUCGGAGAAGAACAUUCAAUUGCGUGCCUACAGUCCCCGGUUGUGCCCAUAUCUACUGGUCCACAUCUGGUGGCUGCAGUCCUAUUGCGACCUCUAUCGCAUCGUUUUGUCUGGUCUCGAAGGGGCAUUGAGUCCGGAGCAGUCGCAGCUUCUCGACCCAGGUUUCGUCACCGAGUGCCGUCGACGGUGCUUUAAUAACGCAAAAGCACUCUCAGGCAUCUUCCGAACUUUCAGAGCACUGAAGAAUGGUUGUCCAGUCAUGGAACUUGAAGUCUUUGCCUGCGCAUAUCAAUGUGCAAGGAUCAUAUUUUACUUCUACCACAACUCGGGAGCGGCUUUGGAGUUAUCGGCUGACGUAGCACAAGAGCUUGCACAACAGUGUCUCAGUGCAAUGGAGACCGUACCCGUCAGUUGUGCAGCAAGUGAUGGAUUAAAAGCAGACCUGGUAGCAUUGCUCGACCGCGGGCAUCACGGUGAACCUCCGACCACUGGUACGAGGAGACGCAUCGGAACUCGGAGCGGCGGCCCAUCCCGAAAACAUCGAGCUUCUGUUCAUAAGAGUCUUGCCAGACAGGGCGAAGGAAUCGACCCUGACCACAUCGACUCUGUCAUAGCGCCCGAGGUUCAGGCAGCGCCAGUAUCUGGGACAGCCUCGCGCGCUAACAAUACAGCCAAAAAUGAACAUGAAGGGUCGCCUGCGGAAGACUUUUCAAUCAGUAAUGCUUUCCAAGGAGCCUUUGAUGGCCUGGAUCUUGCUUCUGAUCCCAUGACUUCCGACCCAUUCGGCUGGCUUAUUGGAGAAGGAGUCACAGCCGAGCACCUGGCUUGGAACGGCUAG